AUGGGCCGGCCAAGGACGGAGGCAAGGCCCCUGGCGGUCGCGGUCCCGGUGCGCGGGAGGGUCGGGCUGUGGUUUCCCCGGGCCCAACGGGUCCCCCGCUGUGCGCAGGAGAAGUGCAUGGACAAGCCGGGGCCAAAGCUGGACAGCCGGGCCGAGACGUGCUUCGUGAACUGCGUGGAACGCUUCAUCGACACUAGCCAGUUCAUCCUGAACCGGCUCGAGCAGACGCAGAAGUCCAAGUCGGCCUUCUCCGAGAGCCUCUCCGACUGAGCAGGAACCGUGCCCCGGGGGACACCGGCCAGCCCCCCACGUGGCCGGGCCCUCCACCGCGCCAGCUCCUGGCCACUCUGCCGCGUGAACGAGCCAGUCAGCUCUGGGGUUUAGGAUUUAAUUAAAUGCCAGUCUUGGGGAAGUUGCAGCCAGAUGAGAGCCCACGACAGAGGCACAGUUGCUCCGCCUCGGGGUGAUGGGGCACUCCCACCCCCGUGGGCCAAUAGCCGUCUUUGUGCUGGGACUCCAGGGCUACUGAUGCUCCAUGGGGAGUAUGUGGAACUCUCACGCUCAGCUGAAUGGAGGGGUGAGGAUGUUUGCAUCAGGGGGUGCUCCCAGCGCUGAUGGGAAUCUUGGCUCUGGGCGAGGUCAGCCUGCGACUGCUCACUUAAAGGGUGCUGCACAAAACCAACCCUCCUGGGUAGAUGCUAAUAGGCCCUGCAGGUGCCGUCACUGUGCAGUGUGGUACAGGUACCCUUUGCCAGAAGAGGUUUUGGGCACAGUGAUCAUCUGAGGCCCUGUCACUACUGGAAAAUACCUUCAGGCUUCCAUAGGUAAAUCAUUCAUGUGGCCAAGUGACAGAUUUUCAGAUUGCAGCACAACUCUGUCAAUACUGACUUGCUCCAUUAACUGCUUUCCCCUGGUCAAUGUAAUAAAUAUUAACUGGGUCAAUUUUUAACAUGAGAUUCUCCUUUGUUCAGGUAGAUGACCACUGAGAAUUGAAAAUCUGGCCUUCUUGUCACUCCCCCUCCUUCCCAGGAAUCCCGUUUAUUGCAAAAUUAGUAGGGAGAGGGCAUAAUUGUCUUCUGUCUAGAAUGUCUGCUCUGAGUUUGGGUUUGUUGCUCAAUUAAUUCGGUCCCAUGAAUCAAACUUGUUUCUGGGAGAGGCUGUGGCUUUUCCUCCUCUUUUCCAAAAGGUUAACAGUUCCUGCUGUCCUGUAAAGGUGUAGUUUCUUUAGAGAGACUAAAUGCAGGAAAUAAGUAACCAGCUACUUCAUAACCUCAUGCGCCUUUACCUGUGGAGAUCACUGGAAAGAGGCCUCUGGCUGUGUCUUCUGGGCCUCUGCCCCCAGGACAGAGGAGCUUCUAAGUGGAUAAACAGAGGACUGAUCCACCCUCUGGAAAGGCAGCCCAGCAUUUCAGCAGUGUUUACAUACAGCACAGCUCUGGGAAGCCUGGAGCCACCCCCUGACCAUGUCUUGGGACCUCUACACAGGAACCUGGUAAAGCAGUUCUGCACGCGCCAGUGUGCCGUGGGUGGCUGCACAGGGCACCCGAGUUCCCAACACAGGUGGCCGGUAGCUAGGCAGCCUUCCUGGGAACGAAUGCAGGAUCUGCUAAGCAGAGCUAUGCAGAUACAAAACCCACGUUAAGCGAGGACACAGCUGUCUAGUUAUCUUUCAGAAACUUACCUCAGUAGCUAAGGACUCCGGUCACUCCUGUUCCCAGAGUAAGCAAUUCCCUCUCCUGUCCCUAUCAAGUUUCUCUCAAGCAGCCUCCUGCCCCUAGAAUCCCUUACAACUUUCAGUGCUGGCUCAGUUCUUUGUACAAAUGUAUCACUAGCCACUUGGUAACUGAACAAAUGGGGUUUUAAUAGAAUAUGUAAGCAGGUGCUUCAUCAACCUGCACAGCAGACGUUGUGUGAAGGGGUUGCUCCCUCCGUAAGAGCCACAGCAGCAUGUGGCAGUGCCACUGAAGUUUUCGAGUUUUGGCUGUAUUCUGUUCUUGGAUAUGAAUCUGUAAAUAAAUUCUAGCAGAGUGAGCAAAACAAGUACUUGACAGAGGAAUUUUUGAAUUAAUAUUCUGGGUCUGUCAUCUUUAAAGCCAGACAUCCAUCUUCUCUCCAUGUAAUCUUAGCGCAAUGUUAGAUUAUUUUCUAACUGUUAAUCUUCUAAGUAUACUUUUAAAAAAUGCUGUGAGGCCUCCCCAAA